AUGAGCCGCACAACCUCGACCGACUUCGUCACGGAAGCGGGUGGACACCCGUUCUCCAGCCCUGGCGUAAGCCCGAUGGCGACCAUGCAAAACGCUGAAGAUAUGGACCUGGAUACCCUCCGGCGCUCCGUCCAGGUGCAGAAGCAGCUUGAUGUCCCUCCACCGCCCACAGCGCAGCUGUUGCGGGUGCCAGAGGUGAUGGAUGACUUUGUUCGCAACUUCCUCCACCGUAAUGGCAUGACGCGCACCCUGCAGGCCUUCAAUAGUGAGUGGUAUGGCAAGUCUGGCAGCGGCACCGGCACCGUCAACGUCGCGCCUUCAAACCCAAUGGUGCCGGAUAACUACCGCGAGACGAUGGCGCUGCAAAACCGCAUCGAGCUGCUGGAGCGCGAGCUGCGCCAGCACGCGGAGCUCAACACGCGUGUCACUCAGCAGUGGACGCAGGCGAAGAAGGACCGUGAGUAUCAUCGCACAAGCCACCAGCGUGUAGUGCAGGAGAACGCGCGCCUCAGUCGUCUGCUGAAGCAGGCAGGUCAGCACGCCGAGCUGGUGAACCCCACAUUGACGGAGUCGCGCAUUCGUUGCGAGCAGCUGCUGAAGGGGAAGUCGCUCUUGACGAUCGAGCGCGACAAGCUGCGCAAAGAAAAAGAGCAGCUCGAGGCGAGGGUGGCGGAGCUGGAAGGACAGCAGCAGCAUCAGGCACGUGGGGGCGCCGCAACGGGACCCAAGCCCCCGGCUGCGACCCAGCGCGCUGGCACCUCGAAGUCAUUGCACGCGAGCGGCAAGUCGAACGCGGCCGCGCGUCGAGGACUUGCGUCGUCGCCGUCUCCGGCGACCACAAAGGCUGUCGAUGCAGAGGUGGACGGGUUUGUGUGGCCCGCUGAUGAUCGCCCACACCCCCCUGAGCCGACUGCUGCGAAGUCUUUUUCGGGCAACGCUGGCGACGGGCAGCCGAGCUUCGCGCCCUCUGAGUCCCCGGUAGCGGAGUGGGUGGAGCAGUCGUUCUUCCAGGCUCACACGAUGGCGGUCACGAGUGUCGCGCUGCACCCCUUCAAGCCGGUUGUGGCGAGUGGUAGCGACGAUGGCAGCUGGCGCCUCUCGACGCUGCCCACUGGCGAUGCCAUCGUGUCUGGCCAGGGGCACAGCAAUUGGAUCUCGUGCGUUGGCGUGCACCCGCGUGGCACAAUGCUCGCCACCGGCUCUGGCGACAAGACGGUCAAACUCUGGGACUUUGCAACUAGCCGCUGCGCCGCUACCCUUAGCGCCCACACCGACGGUGUCUGGGACCUCGAGUUCCAGGACACCGGCGUACUGCUGGCGAGCGCGGCGCUGGACAAGACGGCGCGUGUGUGGGACGUGGAGCGGGGUGUGUGCCGGCAAACACUGCGAGGGCACCAGGAUGCGGUGAACACCGUCAGCUGGCUGCCUUGCACGAACCUGCUGCUCACGGGUAGCGCCGAUAAGUGCGUUGCCGUCUGGGACGUCCGCCAAGGCACCAAGGCUCAGUCCUUCACUGGCCACCGUGCCGCCGUGUUGUCCGUGGCGGCCGGACCGGUGGGGAGCUCACUCUUUGCUUCUUGCGACACCCAAGGCGCCGUCACUCUCUGGGAUGCCCGUCGCAUGGCACAGCUUCUCCGCGUCGAAUGCGGACCGCAGCCGGCCAACUGCGUCGUGGUCGACGGCAUCGGUCACAACGUUGCGGUCGCCAGCGACGACAGUACCAUCAAGAUUAUCGAUGUGGAUGAGGCAGUGGUGACAGAGCUGGUGGGUCACGAGGGCCCGGUGCAGAGCGUGACGUUCGACCUCGCGAGCAAUCACUUCCUCGUCAGCGGCAGCAGCGACCGCACCAUCCGGUACUGGUGCUGA